AAACCGCAGCCCUGCGGCGCGCAGGGCUUUGAUGCUGGUGCCAACAGCCAGCGAUGGGGGCGGCGCGGGAGAGCGGCCUGGAGGGGCCGUCCUAGCUGGGGUCUGUGGCCGUAUGGCUGCGACGCCGGUCCUGCGCACGCAGCGGGGCCGCAGUUGCUGGGCGGUGGGUGCCCGAGGGGCCGGGAGGCGAGCAGGGGCCCCCAGGCGAGUGUCGGCAUCGUGUCCGCAGCCAGCGUCCCCGAGGCCGCGCUCGGGCCAUGAUCACACGGUGAAGCUGCGCCGGGACAGCGCGGCCGACUUCUCGCACUGUGAGGACCUGUUUGCGCUGCGGGACUUGGUGCCUCAGCCCGCCGUGCGCGCUUUCCUGUAGAAGGGCCUGCUGGACUUAACGCCAACCGCCUCCGCCGGGUGGACUGGGCGCCGCUCCUGAGCACCCUCUACCCCUGAUCUGUAUCCAGAGCUUCUUCCAGCCGCAGCUUGGCAAGACAGGUUCUGACAGAAAUAAAGUUUACAGAAGUCGUGUUCCUGAGAUAAGAAAUAAAGAUGUGACCUUCCAUUUGUGUAAAGCUCUUAAUUGCUGUGUAAGUGUGUCGGGUGCGCUAAGGAACCUGGAGCUAAAUGGGCUAGUUCUGAGAGAGAGAGACUUAACUAUGUUAACAAAGUAUCAGACUACCAGAAGGCAUGAAGAAACCUGGGCUGAGAGUCUUCGUUCCAGGAGACCUGAUCUUGACUGUAUGGCUGGCUUGAGGCGCAUCCCUCUGAGCUGCAGCACGCUCAUUGGUGACCUGGGUGCAAGUGCUUUGGCAGAAUCUCUUAGUGAGGAUUUAUGGAUUAGAGCACUUGACCUGCAGCAGUGUGGCCUCACCAGUGAAGGAGCAAAGGCUUUACUAAAGGCCCUUGAAACCAACAGAACUCUGGUCAUUCUGGAUAUAAGAAAAAAUCCACUUGUUGAGGUGAACCUAGAUACUAAACCUGCUUCCACCAAGAGCAUUAUUUCCUUCUCGUUCAACCUGUGAUUUCUUGCAAGGAGUACUUUAUUCAUUUGUCAGUUUCACAGGUAAUUUUUUUAAUACCUUCUGUGUGCCAGAUACCGCUCAGGCAGUAGGGAUAAAGCAGUGAACCAGACAGGCAAAAGUCUUGCCCUCAUGGAGCUUACAUUCUAGUGAAGGAGUUCAGAUAGAAAUGAGUAAACAGAUAAGUAAUAUAAUUUUAGAUAGUAGGAAGUGCAAAGAUAUCUUAAUGUAAGGAGAGUGGGGAGGGGCAGGUAGGACUCCAUUGGAUAGGUUUGUUAGGGGACAGCUUCACUGGAGAAGUGGCAUUUAAAUGGAGACCUGAAUGAAGAGAGGAGCAAGCCAUGGAAGAUCUGGGGUAAGCACAUUCCAGGACAAGGAGGCAAUGCGUAUGCAGGCAUGUAGGUGGGUGGAGUAUUUAAGGAAAAGCAAGGAGGCCAACGUGGCCAGAGUACUGAGUGAAGAAGAGUGUGGUAUGACAUGAGUUCAAGGAGCUAGCCAGGGGUCUGAUCUUGUAAAGUCUUGAAGGCCAGAGUAAAGAUGUGGAUUAUUCUAAAUGAGUUGAGGGUUUUGAACUGGAAAAAGGCAUGAUCCAAAUAGUAUCUGAAUAAGAUGACCUGUUAUAGAGAAUAGACUCAGGGCGGGGGGAGGGUUAAAGAAGAGAAACAGGGAGACCAGUUAGUAGACUGUCACAGUGGUCCAAAUAAGAGAUGUUUAUGGCUUAGCUUAGGUUAGAAGUUUGGAGCAAGUGAAAAGUGGUUGAAUUCAGAUUGUGUUUUGAGAGUGUAGCUAACAAGAAUUGUGGAUAGAUUAGAUGUGAGGUAUGAAGGAAAUAGUAACAAGGAGACAAGUCAUUGACGAUUAUGUGUGCAACUGGGUGGUAUCACUUAGAAGAAGGGGGCUGAUGGGAGGAGCAGCUUUUGAGGGAAUAUCAGGACUUUGGUUUGACAUCUUAGAUGCCCUUUAGGUAUCUAAGUGUCUGGACAGUGCUCAGACUGUACUUUCUAUCCAGAGGUAUCCAAAGCCACUUUAGAUGCAAAAUGUUUAAAGUUGACCUUUGCUGCUGCCAAAAUAGUAGCCACUGGGGGCAGUCUGCAAGAUGGCAUCAUAGGUUUCUGAGGAAGAAAUUAGAAUACUCGAAGGGGGAAAUAAGUGUAUAAUUACAUAAUGAAGAUUUCAUGUUUAAUUUUAUGGGAAAAGCAAUAAUUAGUUGGCUUUUGGUUUUAAAUGGAAAUAGCCACUCAUUGGGAAAUAAUUACUCUAAUUUCAAUUUAUUUUACUUUAGAUCAUUCUGUGAUGAAAGCAGUUAUCAAAAAAGGUCUCCAGAAUGGAAGGAGUGCCAAGUCAGAGCGUGAUUAAACAAAGUGGAAAUGUAACUGAAGUAUACAAGCUGAUUGAGCUAUUUUAAGAGUAAUUUUAUUUCUUGGGCUAUUUUUUUAUUUGCCUCAGUUAUUCGGAGACAUAGAGGAUUGGCCACAAAGAAACCUGUAAGUAAUGGAAGGAAACACUCUGCUGGUAAAGAAUGUUAUGGUCCUGAACCUCUACCACUUGGUGUGUCUGGUUUCCUGCCGUGGCGUACUGCAGAACGUGCAAAAAGCAACAGGGGCUUUCCAUUCAUCAAACUCGUGAUGUAUGUAAUCAGGUGCAGUCUUCUUCUUGUGACACUCAGGUCCAUCAGAAUUUCCUGUGACUGUGACAGUAGAGAGUCCUUCCUCCUCAGAAAUCAAAGAGGUAAAGGUUCCUCAGAAAGUGUUCAGGAAGAGCCAGAGAAAACCAGUUUGAAACAAGAAGCAUUGCAGCCCUUCAUGCUCACUCAUUGACAAGCAUGAUCCUGGAUGAUGAAGGUGUUUUCGGCAGCACUGAGAAUUCUUUUCAGAAGUUCAUUGCUUUCUUGGAUCUCCUUAAAGAUGCUGGGCUUGGGCAGCUGGCCACAAUGGCUGGUAUAGAUAGGUCAGAUUUUCAUUUACUAGGUCGUCCCCAGAUGAAAUCUACUGUUAGUAGUCCAUCUAAAGAAGAAAAGAAGGCACUUGAAGAAGAAAAAUCAGAAUCAAAGCAGAGUGCCCCAGUACAAACGCAAAAUCUCCAAUUUCAGAAAAUUACAGGUGAUGCUGGGCUUCCUUUGCCUCUCGACUCCUUGCAUGUCCCAGUCUCUACUCAGGAGGCCUUAGAAACUUCCAAAGACAACCUGGGGGUCCCAGUCACAGAGCAGCGGCAGGAGUCUUUUGAAGAUUUCAUUGCUAGAACAUGUUUUCCUUCAGCAGACGUCAUUUCUGGAACUGGAAGUCAAAGAAGAGAAGAGGAAUUAUCUAGAAAUAGCAGGUCUUCUUCAGAGAAAAUGACCAAAGAAUAAUAUAUCAAAAAAUACUCUGCUAAGAAACAACCUGGGAAGGACCUGCAUUCCUGCUCUGACUCACCUGUAAAGCAGAAAAGCAAAGGAAGUGGGCAAAAUAAUUCUUUGCUUAAUGAACCAAUUAGAAGUGAGUCUUCGAAAAAACACAUUUCUGUUAAGAAAGAGAGUAGAAUAGUGACUGUUUCAUCAAAGACAACUAAAAGUAAACUCAAUCUACUAGAACAUUCUGAAAGUGAUACUCUUGGAUCUGAUUGUGAAUUUCCAGUAAGCAUCCAUACUCCAUCACGCCUAACAUAGGUCUAAAUCUUUUAAAAUCUUUUAAAAUUAUGUUUUUGCCUUCAAAUUUUAAUAAAUUACUUAUGUUUUUAUUAUA